CAAAGAUGGCGGAUGCAAAUGCAACGAUCUGUUAUUUGAAUGGUCUUUCUCUUCAUACCAUCAAUGAAGUCGAGAAGAUUUUGCUCGCUUUGCCAAAGAAAGGGGACCGCUGUGAAGUGCAAGUGACCAAACCGUUGAAUGGAACCAUCGGACGUAGUACUGGGGAUGUCAUUGCUUCAAAGAGCAUGCAGAUCCAUGAUGAGCCAAGACCAUUGUCUCUGUCACCGCCUCUGCAGAAAUCUGAGAAAUCUUCGAAGAGCAAGAAACUUUCCGAGUACAGUUGCAUGAGUUCGACUAAGGAACAAAUGGAGACUGUGGAAAUUCGCAACGGUUCCAAUGCUUCUGCGGCAAAGAAACUCCAAUGCAAGGUCUUGACUGAUCAAGUUCGUGUCUCGCCAAUCGUCUCGUGCAACGGAGUGAUUUUGGAGUUGGAUGUUGAAGUCACAAUUCCUGAUCGUGAGGAGAAGAAGAAAUUGAAGUUGGAGAUCGAGUGCCCCGAUUUUGUGCCAGCUCGCAUCAAAAUUGGCAACAAAUGGAAGAAAAUUGUUUGAGCGAAAAAGAGUACGAUUUGGAGGCAAUAAAUAUUUUGUAUUUG